UCCCAGACGACCCCCGCCCGCAGCCCCCGCCCCUUCCCGAGGCCCGCCUGGAGCAUGUUGCCUGCAGCCAUGAAGGGCCUCGGCCUGGUGCUGCUGGCGGCUCUGCUGUGCUCGGCCCCCGCUCAUGGCCUGUGGUGCCAGGACUGCACGCUGACUACCAACUCCAGCCACUGCACCCCAAAGCAGUGCCAUCCAUCAGACACGGUGUGUGCCACUGUCUGGAUCACAGAUCCCAGCAGCAGCAGGAAGGAUCAUUCCGUGAACAAGAUGUGUGCCUCGUCCUGUGAUUUUGUGAAGCGGCACUUUUUCUCAGACUAUCUGAUGGGCUUCAUUAACUCUGGGAUCUUGAAGGUGGAAGUGGACUGCUGCGAGAAGGAUUUGUGCAAUGGGGUGGCACAGGCAGGGCGCAGCCCCUGGGCCCUGGCCGGGGGGCUCCUGCUCAGCCUGGGGCCCGCCCUCCUCUGGGCUGGACCCUGA